AUGACGAGCAAAUUGCGCGCUAAGGCGCGACGUGCGCUCCACCAUUUCCUUCGCUACAUUGCGUCUCACUGUCUCUCACUAUGCUGGGGGACAUACAUUUUAGGCAUUCUUUGGCUAUUGCUACAUCCAGCUAUCACUAUCACUACCGGCGAACUCAAAUGCCGUGGAACAUAUAUCUCCGAGAAUGCGCUACUUAUCGAUCUCAUGGAGGCUCGAGCUAGUCAAGAAGAGGCACAUAUUGCUCAUCUUUUCCACAAAGAACUCUUAGAAUUGCCAAACUUGUCUCGUACUGGCUGUAGAAACAACUGCUCGCAUGUUGUGGACUGGAUCGGCACGAAACUGCGCAGUUUAGACCGCGUGGAAGCGUACACACAUGUGUAUCAGACAGACGAAUUGUCAAACACAAGAACAAAUGUGUAUGGUCUUCUACGGGCUUCACCAUUGGCUGAUGGAAAGGAAUCUAUUGUACUUGUCACACACUACCGUAACGUCGGUGCGGAUAGCGGCGACUAUUCCAGCUUAUCAUUAGGACUAGCACUACUCAAGUACCUUGCAAAGGCUAAAUGGCUAGCAAAAGACGUGAUUCUUCUCGUUGCAGAUGAUGGUGAUAUGGAUGGAAAAGAAGGAUUUAGCCCGGGUACAGAAGCCUGGUUACAGGCGUACCACGUGGAUCCUGUCGAAAGUGGCGUUCAUGGGACUUUACCAAUGCGUGCUGGUGUCAUUCGAGCAGCGAUUAAUCUGGAGACGUUAACAAAUUCGCGUCUGGUCAAUUCUGUUGGAAUUUACACGGCAGGUAUGCAUGGCCAGCUACCGAAUUUGGACCUCGUCAACACAGCUGUACGGGCGUUGCGUCGACACCACAUUCCUACACUAUUGAAUCGUGCUGAUACAGAACAUGAUCUUCAAAAGAAGGGAUUUGUAUCCACAACGUUGGAAUAUGUCUCGAGCGUGUGUGAAAAGUAUACUCCGUUAGAGUUGAGAGAGAGUGUGCGUAAGUACCUGAUAAAUUUAAGAGGAAUGCUUUACUUUAUGACGACACUAGCGACUGGACCCUCAGGGCCUCACGCCAACUUUAUCAGCUACAACAUCGACAGUAUCACGCUGUCUUUAACUCAGAGAUCGACUUUGAAAGAUCGUUCACUAUCUACUCGGGAUGUGCUACGAUCAAUUGAAAUGGUCGUUCGUGCCAUGAGCAAUCUUGAAGAGAAACUACACCAGUCGUUUUUUCUCUACGUUCUCCCUACUACUUUGACAUUUGUGUCAGUGGGUGAAUAUAUUUAUGCUGUGCUUUUGGUGAGUUCGCCGGCAAUGGUCCAUAUACUGUACUUAGCAACUCGAACGAAUGGUAUGCGAGUUGCUUUCGCACUGACUAUCUUUCUUAUGGUCGAAGCGUUGUGUGUGCUUCUUAUAUGUGCGGUCUGCAAAUAUUUCGCCACGCCAAUUGGAUCGCUGCAUACAUUUAGCUACAUUGAGAAGCCUGCUACUGGAUGGUUUAUACUGGCGAGUGUGAUCUCGAUGGCUCAGGUUUUAGUUUUACUAGUCGGAAUGCCUGCCUUACGUUCAAUUACGAGCUUUUCAGGCUGCGUUGAUGUAUACGACUGGAAAAAACGAGUGACAACAUUUGAAGCUCUACAGCGACAGAAAAGUGCUCAAGAUGCUACAUCAGACAGCAAAAAAACUUGCGAGAUUGUUGACACCAAGGCCAGUGUUGACAUCGCGCCGCUUGAUUCGGGCUGGCGCGCUAUAAAAUUCAUCACAAUGGUCGUGCUGGUGUUCGCACACUGCAUCAUGGGUAUCAUAAACUAUCCCAUGGCUCUUUUUGGGGCUAUACCGAUGGCCCAAUUCGCCCGUGUGGUACCUAUUCAUACCACCACUAAGCUCAAAAAUAUCUCUAAUGGUUUUUGGCUCUUCAUUUCAUCCCCUCUGGUACUUUUGAUUCUACUUAUCUACAGCCGUCAAGAUGCUAUCGCUGCUUUGUUUUAUGUUGUCGACAGCUUUGCCCAGCGGAUCAACUUACUAACUCUGAUGUACACGUUGUGUAUCUACGUACCGGUUCAUACAUUGUCGCUCGUGAUUUGGCUUUUUCCGACCCCUGUGUUGUUGGACCAAAAGUUAAAGCUGGAGUAA